CUUCUCUUCAACUUUUUGUUAAAAGUAUUUAAUUUCUGUAAAGUCAACAUGAUCUUCCAGUCCUCUGAUCCCGAUCCUAUCUAUCCUGAAGUAGAUAUCUACCACUUCCUCGAAUCUAAUCCAUGUGGUGUGCAACCUGGCAAGAAGAUCUUCGUUAAUCCUGUUACUGAAGAAUAUCUCACCUUUAGUCAGUUCCAGAUCGAAACCAAACAGUUCGCUGCUGGAUUGCAGGACAAAUUCGGAUUCAAACCUAGGGAUGUGCUUGCCAUCUUUUCUUACAAUCAGUAUGAUUUUGGUGUUCCAAUCCUUGGAACUCUUUGUGCAGGAGGAAUUGUAACGACUAUCAAUCAUUCUUAUACUGUCGAUGAAGUGGUACACCAACUCAAGGAUUCUGGAGCAAAAUAUAUGGUCACUAUAAUUGAUCUGCUCCCGGUUGCUACUAAGGCUGCUGAGAUCUGUGGCAUUGCUCCUGAAGCCAUUUUGUUAUUCGGUGGCAAAGAUGGCGUGGGUAAAAGAUCUUAUAAAAGUGUCUAUAGCAAGCGUUUGGCAGCUCCUAUCAAGAUUGACAUGGAAGACAUUGCUUAUUUGUGUUACUCAAGUGGAACCACUGGCAAGAGCAAGGGUGUCAUGCUCACGCAUCGCAAUAUCACCUCGAAUUUGACCCAGAUCAUGAGCUAUGAUGCUGAAGUUAUCAAGGAAAAAAAUCUUGUCAUCCUAGUAUUCCUGCCCCUUUAUCAUAUUUACGGUCUGAUGAACUGCCUGCAUAUCUCCUUGAUCACUGGUGCAGAAACCGUCAUCAUGUCCAAGUUUGAUCUGCCAUCAUUCCUCCAAAACAUUCAAAAGUUCGAAGUGACCAAUACAUUCAUCGUCCCCCCUGUAGCUCUUGCUUUGGCUAAACACCCCAUGGUUUUGGAUUACAACUUGUCGUCUCUCCGCCACAUGGCUUGCGGCGCCGCUCCUCUCCCCAAAGAGCUUUGCAAUUUGAUUGAAAGCAGAUUGGGUGUUUACUGUCGCCAAGGAUUUGGUAUGACAGAGGCUUCACCCUUGGUCGCCUGUCAGCGCCCUGGACAGCGCGGUCCUGAUGGCUCAGUUGGACCCCUUGUUGCAGGACUGAAGGCCAAGAUUAUUGACCCUGCGACAGGAAAAGAGCUGGGAGUUGGUGAACAGGGUGAAUGGCUGAUCUAUGGCCCAAAUGUUAUGAAGGGCUAUCUCAACAACCCUGAGGCGACCAAGAUUACAAUUCGUGAGGAUGGUUGGAUGCAUACUGGAGACAUCGUCUAUGUGGAUGCACAAGGCAACUGGUUUGUAGUGGAUCGUUUGAAGGAGUUGAUCAAGUACAAGGGCUUCCAGAUCCCUGCUGCUGAACUCGAGGCCCUCUUGCAGACUCAUCCCAAGGUUAUGGAUGCUGCUGUCAUUCCUGCUUACGAUGCGGCUCAGGCCACAGAGAUCCCUCGCGCCUAUAUUGUUCCCCAUGAUGCUUCCACAGCAGAUGAUGCGCUCAAGAAGGACAUUAUAGACUUUAUUACUUCCAAGGUCGCGCCUCACAAGAAGUUGCGUGGAGGUGUUGUCUUUAUUAAUGAGAUUCCUAAAUCUGCCUCAGGAAAGAUCCUCCGUAAGGAUAUUGUCAAGUUGGAUCGUGAGCAAAACCAAACAACUCAAGCCCUGGCGCGUCUGUAAAGAAAGGAAAAAAAAACAACAACUAUAGGUUAUACCCCAUUGAGUAGCAUAAAAGAUUUGUUUUAAGCAUAGAAAGUUAUUAAAGCG